AUGUCUAUUCGCCAGCUUCUUCACGAAUUUCGCCCUUUCUUCCGUCUAUUAGAAGAACCCAUCGCUCGACCUCCAUCCUACUUUGGUUUGCGUGCGAGACCAUUCUUUGAAGAUCCCUUCUUCCACAACACUCCUGCAUUUUCCCAACCGGCUGUCGACAUCACGGAGGAGGGAAACAAGUUCAUUGUCGAGGCAGAUUUACCGGGGGUUCCUAAAGAGAAUGUUGAGGUGCGGAUAGGAGAUGGGGGCCAUUCUAUCACAAUUAGCGGGAAGACGUUCGACAAACGACAUACGCCUCAGGCAACUGAGAAUCUCAAUUCUGAAGGCGGAGGUGCAGACGAUACGCAAACUGUCGUUCACGCCAAUUCCCAGUCAAACCAACUUAGUACGGAACGACAGUUCGUCAGCGAUGCCCGUUUCACUCGAACAGUCUGGCUGCCUAAACAAGUGGAUGGAAGCAGUGUUGCAGCCAAGUUGAAGGACGGUGUUUUGACCGUCACCAUCCCAAAAUCUGAAGACAAAGGGAGUGUAGUAGUCUCGGUGGAGUGA